AUGGUUUCCUUCUUCGGCCUCAAGUUCGGAGCCGACAAGAAGAAGAAAGAGGUAGAGGCCUUACAGCCUCCCCCUCCACCACCACAAUGGAAGAAUGACCGGACCGAGGUGCUCCUUCAGUGCUCUGGUCUGCUGAGCACAAAUCCCAGCAGGCCCGGCACCGCACACAGCUCGCGUAGCAGUGCGCGAAGGCCAUACGCCGCAGGCGACAAUCGCAAUUCCGCGGCAAACAGCAUCUGGGAUUUCCAUGAAUCUGAGUUUCGAGGCGUGGGCGCCGGCCGUAUGGGGAGCUCUGCUAGCAUCAGCGCCGGCUCGGGCCCGUUCAUACCCGGCCACAGCCACGGCCUGAAAUCGUUUGGCUCCGAGGCAAAUCUGCAGUUGAGCCUGGGCGCAAGGAAUGGGUCCUCGACAAGCCUUGCUGCGCCGAGGUUACCCUUUGGAGGGGGUGGCGGUGGUGUUGGUCCAAGGCCCGGGAGCGCACACUCGAUGCGCAACGGCCGGGAGAGGCCGUGGAUGAGCCCGCUGGACACCAGCCCCGUCAAGGAGUCAACGCCUGGUAUUGCAGGCCCACAGAGAAGUCCGCUCGGCCAGCUGGAGCUCAUGUCGCCCGUGCGGAGUGACAGCGAGUCGCUCCUGGGCGAAGACCCCGAGAAGUUUGCCCAAGACAUCAGCGACAGGGUCACGCAGGAAGAGAAAUUGGCAAGGAUGAAGAACGAGGUCGAGGAGAGGAGAAGGGUCCAGGCCGAGUUGGAAGCGACGGCAAGGAGAAACUCAGAAGCCUCGAGGCCGAAGACAUCAGGAGGAUAUCCGUCGCCACCCGCCUCGGUCACAAGUGACCACAUCGUGCCGUCGGUGCUGGUGCCAGGGCAGAGAUCGGGUUCCUUCGCAGGACCAGCUGCAAGGGAGUUGAGACCCGCGAGCAGCGGCCGGGACAUUUCGGGCAGCCAGCUCACACCAGGACCGCGCACCCAGGGCUCGCCAACCGGCGAUGCGAGGUCAGCAAGCAGAGGACGGCAACCCAGUGUGGAAGGACAGCAGCCUUCCUCGAGAUCGCCCCUUGCAAGUGUCACGCCAGUCGCAGACGACAGGUCAGCAAUCAGGGGCCGAAGUCAGACCGCCGACAUCCCCUCGUCAGGGUCUCCGGGAUUAAAACCGCAUCCUUUACGCGAGCCGGUGCGCGGCAACACAGUCCCUGCGUUAAAACCUCAGCGCUCGCCGCUGUUUCAGCAGUCGAGCCCUUUCGACCUCCACAGGGCGGACGGUGAGAAUGGGGACGGAGAUGAGCAGCCAAAGAUCGACUACCGAGCCGCCAACGCACCCUAUGGAAUACCGUCCCCACCACUGUCCAACCGCCAACGCACGAGCGAGGAAGCCGAGAGUCGUCCUGUGAUUAGGAGCGUGAUGGCCAAGCGUGACACCCUGGUCGUCGGCGGCCCUCCGCGCCAGAGCCUGGGCUUGCAAAUUGACGAGUUCGAAAAGACUCUGCAGCAGGCACAGACCAUGACGGCGCUGGAGAAGGGCCCGAGUACCAGUACUGUUUCCCGCAGUCGUGGUGACAGCGACGGCGGCAGCAGCAACUACAGCGACAUCUCAGAGUCACCCAUGACCAUCGAGCCGCCCCUCGUCUCGCCAAAGCCCUUCCCUCUCACGCCGAGACCGACGACUCCCAGUGCGAGAUCAAACUCGUAUUCUAGAGACAUUCUCCAGCCGAUUGGGCCGACAUUGGAGCCAAGGUGGGAGACUCAAGCCGGAAGUGUCGGCUCGAUCACGCCGACGUCUAGGAAGCCGGCUAACCCGACUCGAGAAGAGACCAACGACUCACCCGCCGGUAGGCCGCGACCAUCGGGUGCCACGCCGGUGAAACGACCGACAGUGGACGAAUACGGAAAUGCGAGGGUCAACGCGGUUGCUUCGAUGGCGAACCGCAUCCGCAGGCCCAGCCCGGACGAGUACGGGAUCCAGAUCAAGCGGACCGAAAGCCCCUUCCGGAACGAGAGCCCGAUCCUCAAGGAGGUCCGGAAUAGAUCUGGCACUGAUAUAUCGUCAGACGGGCUCAGUAGCAACAACACAUCACGCUCAAACAGCCCCCUUCCAAACCACAGCCACAGCGUCUUCUCGCCGCCGCCCCCGGCGAAGCGCCCGUUCCCUACUCGGUCCGCCACGAAUGAGUGGAACCACGGCCCGGCCCCGACAGCACCCCCGACGACUCCACUGCCUAUCCCCGAGAAGAGCGCCCGUCGCAGGAAGGCCCAGGACACGCCAGGUCAGCAGCAGAAGGCGACACCGACGCAGAGCCCCGCACCGACGCCCAUGUCAAGAUCUCCAGUGCUCGCCUCGUCGGCUAGUAUCAUCCCCGACCUGGCCAGCAACCCCAACUGGCCCCUGCCAGCACCAGACGCCUCUAGUUCGACGUCCGUGGCCGCCGACGGUGGCUUCGGGGCGCGCCGUUCGCUUCUGCGCGACAAGCGGUCCGCGCCGGCGCCGCUCAACAUCGCGGCCACGAGGUUCGCGGAGGACAUCGGGACGGGCGGGCCAUGGACCCCGGACGACACCGCGUCGGUCGCGCAACCCAAGACGGCCGGCGGGGAGCGUAAGGGCUCGCUGAUCAGGGUGGACACGGAGUUCGAGUGGAAGGAGGAGUACUCGACCGCGCCCGGCAACCUCGGCGGGCAUCAGCAACCAGCAUACCACGUAUCGUCGCAAGUGGCGGCGGGCGACGGCAGCAGAGCCGAUGCCAUCGGCAUGGCGAGAGGCCUCUCGCUCAAAUAUGACCAGGAGAGGGAGCAGCAGAAGCGGGGGAGGGCCAGGGAGCGGAUGAAGCUAAUGCGGGCGUGGACUAUCGACGAGACGGCUGCGUCGCCGACGUCGCCCACCGCCGCCUCACCCCCCGGGCAGCCGUUCGACAGGACGAUGAGGCCGAACCACGGCCUGAGGAGCCCGACGGGGAUCGCCGACGAGGCUGGGACCAGGUUCAUAUAA